AUGAGUGAAGCAUGGGUGACAUUAGCAACAUCAGACGCAUAUGCUGUUGGAGCGCUUGUUUUAGCUCAUUCAUUGAAAAUUCAACAAACAACGAAAAAAUUACACUGUAUGAUUACAACUGGCGUAUCACAACAACUUCGAGAUGAGCUUGCUGCAACAUUUGAUGCUAUCAGUAUGGUAGACAUUUUGGACAGUAAUGAUACAGCUAAUUUACGCUUAAUUGGCAGACCUGAUUUGGGUGUAACUUUUACCAAAAUACAUUGUUGGAGGCUAACACAAUAUAGCAAAUGUGUCUUUCUCGAUGCUGAUUGCCUUGUAAUGCAAAAUGCUGAUGAAUUAUUCGAUCAUGAUGAACUUUCUGCAGUAGCAGAUAUUGGUUGGCCAGAUUGCUUCAAUUCGGGUGUUUUUGUUUAUCAACCAUCUGAACAAACAUAUCUGAACAUUUUGAACUUUGCCCUGGAACAUGGUUCAUUUGAUGGUGGUGAUCAAGGUUUGCUAAAUGAUUUCUUCAAAGGUUGGCGAGAUAAACCACCAGCUUUUCGGUUGCCUUUCAUUUACAAUAUGACCUCUGGAGUGAAAAUAGUUCACUUUUUGGGUCCGGUGAAACCAUGGCAACAAACAGCAGAGAGUGUUCAUUUCUCGGAAUAUCUUGCUUACUGGUGGUCAUUGUUUAAAAAUCAACUAACUUCAAAUAUCACCACCAUAUUACAUGUGAGUUCGUCACAUUCUUCAUCAACAACUGAACCUAUCACAGAAAUAAUUCGCAUCACCACUCUACAAUCAUCAACUAUCAUUCCUACCACAACAACCACCAUUGCACCAUCAUCAUCAUCACCACCACCACCAUCAUCAUCACGAACAACCGCUACAUCUGUCACCGUUAUUCCCUUCAAUUCUGAAGAGGAUAUUAGUAGAGAUGGCCGAAGGAGGAGUGUAUUAUUAUCAUCUAGCAAUUUAUCACCUGUUCCCUUAUGCAUGCGAGUUUUCCAUUGUAUACCGCCAACUUCUGGGGCAUGGAAACCAUUACGUCAUCCACCCACUCAUAUCGCCAAUCAGAUGGCAGCUUUUUCACUUAUACCGGAUGUAUCAUUUAAUCAAUCAUCACCACCAACCGAUGAAGAACGAAUGCGAGCUUGGGAAGUUGGACAUCCCGAUUAUCUUGGAGCUGAUUCCUACGAGAACAUUCAAAAAGCGAUCGAUCAUUCACUGCAAUGA